AUGACCACGCAGUUGAUUCUGCACAAUGUGACCGUGGUUGUGGACUACCGAGACCCGUUUAUCAAAAAGGUCUUCAAAAAUGUUCUAGUGUUUGUCCUGGGCAUGUUCAUCAACUACAUCAACAUCAUCUUCAUGCACACCUUCUGUAAACACCAGAUGUUCUACACCAACCCUCGCUACAUCCUCUUCUUCCACCUGGUGCUGAACAACGCGAUCCAAGUGAACUUGUCCCUGGUGCUCUUCUUUGUCAGCUACAUCGUCUACACAAUCAACAGGGCCGUGUGUGCCACUUUGAUCCUGCUGGUGCUCUUCAGUACAGAAAACAUGCCGCUCAAUCUGGCGUGCAUGGCGGCCGAGUGCUACAUCGCCGUGUGCCUACCGCUGCAGCAUGCCCGCCUCUGCACCGUCAACAGAACUCGCAUCACUAUCGUUCUGAUCUGGACCACCAGCUUGAUCUCGGUUCUGCCCGACCUUUUCAUAACCUUAGCCACCGAGCCGCUCGACUUCUUCUCUUCUAGAGUGUUCUGUUUAAAAGAAACUGCCUUCCCUAAUCCGCUCCUUUCCUUAAAGCAGGACAGCACCUACGUCGUGUACCUGAUCCUGGUCUGGUGCGUUAUCUUUUACACAUACUUUAUGAUUUUCUGCACCGCCCAAAAGGCCAGCAAGGAUGGCAAGAAGGCCCGAAUGACCAUCCUGCUGCACAGCGUCCAGGUCCUCCUAUGCAUGACCACGUAUGCCGCGCCAAUGGUCAAAACCGCUUUAAAGAAAUUGUUCCCUAAGAACCUCAGCGACUCUCUCUUCGCUUGCUACAUCAUCAUCCAGAUUCUGCCUCGCGCCAUCAAUCCUGUCAUCUAUGGUAUUCGAGACAAAUGUUUGAGUAAGUACUUCAUGCACGAAGUGAGCUGCAAGAGCGUUGAGCGCCCGAACCUUUGA